GCGGUAGUCUGUGGUUUCCUCUCGAGAGGUAAGGUUCGGCUCCUCUCCUUGUGACUCAACUGGAGACGCAGACGGAACUUAAAUUAAAAAACCAACGCUACCACAACCGCCGCCAUGUGUGACGAUGAAGAUGGCGUGGCUCUUGUGUGUGACAAUGGCUCCGGGAUGGUCAAGGCCGGCUUCGCCGGUGAUGACGCUCCCCGAGCUGUCUUCCCCUCCAUCGUCGGCCGCGCCCGUCAUCAGGGUGUGAUGGUGGGCAUGGGUCAAAAGGACGCCUACGUCGGUGACGAGGCUCAAGCUAAAAGAGGCAUUCUGACCCUCAAGUACCCCAUCGAGCACGGCAUCAUCACCAACUGGGACGACAUGGAGAAGAUCUGGCACCACACUUUUUACAACGAGCUUCGCGUUGCUCCCGAGGAAUCGCCCACCAUGCUGACGGAGGCUCCUCUUAACCCUAAAGCCAACCGUGAGAAGAUGACCCAGAUCAUGUUUGAGUCAUUCAGCCUUCCCGCUAUGUACGUGACAAUCCAGGCCGUGCUGUCUCUGUACGCCUCUGGCCGCACCACUGGCCAAGUUUGUGACUCUGGCGACGGCGUGUCUCAUGUCGUGCCCGUGUACGAGGGAUACGCUCUUCCUCAUGCAAUUAAUCGUCUUGACUUGGCUGGCCGUGACCUGACUGCCUAUCUCAUGAAGAUCAUGACUGAGCGUGGCUACUCUUUCACCACCACCGCUGAACGAGAAAUUGUUCGUGACAUCAAGGAAAAGCUGUGCUACAUUGCUCUUGACUUCGAGAGUGAGAUGAACGUGGCUGCUGCCUCUUCGUCCCUCGAUAAGUCCUACGAGCUUCCCGACGGUCAGAUCAUCACUAUCGGCAACGAGCGCUUCCGUGCCCCUGAGGCUCUCUUCCAACCUUCCUUCCUGGGUAUGGAAUCCGUUGGACUACAUGAAACUGUUUAUUCUUCUAUCAUGAGGUGCGACAUUGACAUCAGGAAGGAUCUGUUUGCUAAUAUUGUCAUGUCUGGCGGCACCACCAUGUACCCUGGCAUUGCUGACCGCAUGCAGAAGGAAAUUAUUUCCUUGGCUCCUUCCACACUGAAGAUCAAAAUUGUCGCUCCUCCUGAGCGUAAAUACUCCGUCUGGAUCGGCGGCUCCAUCCUGGCCUCUCUCUCCACCUUCCAGGCCAUGUGGAUAACUAAGGAAGAGUACGAAGAAUCUGGUCCCGGCAUUGUACAUCGAAAGUGCUUUUAAAUAUGUUCUUAGA